UUAUCUGAGUGUUGGUCAGAUGCUAACCCCACUGUGCUGUGUGUAGGGUACACCGAGUCCAGGCUGGCUGACGGCCCUGAUAACUGCUCUGGUCGAGUGGAGUUGCAGCACCUGGGUAAAUGGGGGACAGUGUGUGAUGCAUGCUGGGACAGGAGAGCCUCCAAUGUCCUCUGUCAGCAGCUGAAGUGUGGGACUGCAGUGGCAGUGCCAGGACAGGCCUGGUUUGGAGAGGGGAGUGGGCCAAUCAGAGCCGAUGUGUUUGAUUGCCAUGGGAACGAGACACGCCUCUCACAGUGUGCUGUUUCCUCAUGGAGCCGAGCUGUGCUCUCACAUGGACAGGAUGCUGGAGUCAUCUGCUCUGGCUCUGCCCUCUCAGCUCUGGACGGGACGGUGCGGCUGGCUGGAGAGGGUGCGUGUGAGGGCCAGGUGGAGGUGUACUACCAGCAGACCUGGAGCAGAGUGGGGGGGUCCUGGAGCUUCAGUGAGGCCUCGGUGGCCUGCAGGCAGCUGGGCUGUGGCUCUGCAGUGCAGGUCUACAGCUCCUCUCCGUCUGGGACGGGGGGCAGUGGGGAGUGUCUGAUGGGGGUUCAGUGCUCCGGGAGAGAGGCUCACCUGGGGAACUGCAGCACUCCACACAAACUCACCUGCAGCUCCAGGGAACAGGUGUCCAUCGUCUGUUCCAAUCACAGGUCUCUCAGGCUGGUGGGGGGAGGGGGGGACUGUGCGGGACGGUUGGAGGUGUUCCACAGGGGCUCCUGGGGGACAGUUUGUGAUGACUCCUGGGACCUGGAGGAUGCUCAGGUGGUGUGCAGGCAGCUCCAGUGUGGGACGGCCCUCAGUGCCCCGCUACCCUCCUUCUUUGGGCCAGGAAAUGGACCUGUCUGGCUGGAUGAGGUGGGCUGUGUGGGGAACGAGACGUCCCUGUGGGACUGUCCCACAGCCGGAUGGGGACAAACUGACUGUGGACACAAGGAGGACGUGGGGGUCGUGUGUUCAGAAUUCAAGGAGAUGAGACUGGCCGAGGGCUGUUCUGGGAAUUUGGAAGUUUUCUACAACGGCACCUGGGGCAACGUGUGCUUCAAUCAAAUGACUAGAGACACGGCUACUCUCAUAUGUCAGGAACUGAACUGUGGGAAGAGCACAUUUGUGUCUAAUAAACGGCCAAGACUGGAAUCAGCUCCUAACUGGUUGGAUCAUUUCAGAUGUCGCCCACAUGACUCCACUCUGUGGCAGUGCCCAUCAAAGCCUUGGGGUGAGAAUACCUGCAGGAAGACCAGCGUGGCUUCACUUACCUGCUCAGGGGAAGAGGAUGAUCAAGUUCCACGAAGCAAAUUGUCACGUUCCUCAGCAGCAAAUCAGAGAGCUUACACAAGUCACUGGCCCCUCCGGCUGGUGGGGGGUGAAGGCGGGUGCUCUGGGAUGCUGGAGGUGUUCCACGAGGGCUCCUGGCGGAAGGUGUGUGGAGACUCCUGGGACGCGAUGGAUGUCCAGGUGGUGUGCAGACAGCUGGGCUGUGGGUCAGCAGGAAAGGCUCAUAGUAAUGCUACAUUUGGGAUGGGGAAGGACGACCCCUGGCUGACUGAGGUGAACUGCAGGGGCACUGAGAUGCACCUGUGGGACUGCCCACACCAGCACAGCCGCUGCCCACACCAGAACCAGGCUGGGGUCACCUGCACAGUUCCUUUAUCUGAGUCCAGCUCCACUGCAGGUACUCCUGCAAUGACUACACAACCAAAACCACAGCCAGGUCACUGGCCCCUCCGGCUGGUGGGGGGUGAAGGCGGGUGCUCUGGGAGGCUGGAGGUGUUCCACGAGGGCUCCUGGCGGAAGGUGUGUGGAGACUCCUGGGACGCGAUGGACGUCCAGGUGGUGUGCAGACAGCUGGGCUGUGGGUCAGCAGGAAAGGCUCAUAGUAAUGCUACUUUUGGGACGGGGAACGACACCCUCUGGCUGACUGAGGUGAACUGCAGGGGCACUGAGAUGCACCUGUGGGACUGCCCACACUCUGUGCACCAGCACAGCCGUUGCCCACACCAGAACCAGGCUG